CGCGGCAAACAAGUGUCAAACCCCGGAAGCCACGCGUCGUUGGCUGCGCCGCAAUUCGGGGAGAAUUAGUGAAAGGGCGUAAGCGGCGUAGAGCUAGAAGCGUGAGCGCGCUGAUCGCAUUACCGAAAGUGACACGUUGCUUCUCACGCUCUCGAGCGUAGUGAUAUCCAUUUCCAAGUUGCCCAAAAUCGUGACGCGACCGAUAUCGAGCGGAGAAAAUCUCGUCCAAAACACGAAAGGUGAACACACACGAUCUUCCAGAACCGGAUCAAUACGAUGGAGCCGAUCGCGAAGGCUGCACUACUGAUCGUGGGCAUCUUGCUCUGCGCGAUGGGGCCGACCGAUGCCAAAGUGUACAGCAAGUGUGAGCUGGUCAAACAGUUGACACUGAACGGUGUCAGCCGUACGUACCAGGGCCACUGGAUCUGCCUGGCGAUCGCCGAGAGUGGGCUGAACUCGACCAAAGUCACCCAGCUGCCGAACCUGACCGCCAACUACGGCAUCUUCCAGAUCAACAGCAAGGAGUGGUGCCGGGAUGGCCGCAAAGGUGGCAAAUGUAACGUCAAGUGUGAGGAUCUGGCUACGGAUAGUGUGACCGUUGCGAUCCAGUGCUCGAAAACCAUCCAGCAGCAGAACGGCUUCAAAGAGUGGCAGCUGUGGCAGAAGAAGUGCAAAGGCAAGGAGCUACCCGACAUCUCCAACUGCGGUGCCAGCGGAUGAGACGGUUACGGUGCGGUGACUUGCGGUGCGGUGCUUUAAGCGGGACUUAAAACACGAUGAAAAUAAAAUGUUUUACGCACGGAACGUGAGAUGCUUGCGCUGGCUUUGCGGAAGUUGUAAAGAAGUCUGUUCCCUUCGUAGUUCAUAGGCAGUCAUAAGGUACAAAUUGGGCAAGCUCGGUUUGUGGGGCGCUCUGGCGGCUCUCGUUUGAACUCUCACUCACAAAUCGGUUGCAAUAAAAGUCGCUGCCGUGAGUUCGUCUGUCCGGCCCGGUUCGUCUAUGAUUUGUGUGGUACACGCGAUCGCCCUUCUUGGACUUCAACGUCUAUCUUCCGGUUCGUGAUCCAAUAACUUGCGCGGCUCGAUGAGUGGUCCCAAAAGAAGUCCCCAACAAAACUCGACCGGUGGUCCACGAUCACUGAUGUGAGAACCGUGUCUUUGGCCCCUCUUCCCUCGCUCUCUCUCUCUCUCGCAGGCCGCCCAUUUUGCUAAUGAAACAACGAGUUAGUGUUGCCCACAGUGCCCUAUCUGUAUGCAAAUUUUGCACUACUACAUGUCGUAAAGUGAAAUAAAAUUAAAUGAUGAAAAAAGCUAUGUUGGCUUAGGUCCCAAGGUCCAAGCGGAUGCAAAAGAAAAAACCAGUGCCAGAGAAAGAAGAUCACCGAUCGGUUGGUCGGACUUUGGAUAAGGGAGAGAAAAACUGGAGCGAUCGUAAAAUUGUAAUGUGUUUUAAAUUUUGAAUAAAUCA